AUGACAGAAGCAGCUGCAGAGCCCUCCAAUGAGGACCCUCCAGAGGAAGCAGAGAUUCUGGGUCCUCUGAACCCCAAUGACAAUGCUACUUUCCAGCAAGUCACAAACCUCCUGGACAUCAUGGAGGGUGAAUUAGCCAAGACGGAAAAUGCUGGGGUGGGGCUGGACAUGCGGAAGAUGUUGGCUUCGGUCAUCAUCACGGACAAGGCCUCCAGAGAGCCAGAGGUUGUGUUGAAUGCACUCAUUCGCUGCUUACAGAUGCCCAAGAUUUCUACACUGCGCAAAGUCAACAUUUACAAUAUCCUCCAGGACAUCAUUCAGCAGGAGGGCGAGCUGGAGGAGCACUGUGUGCAGAGGCUGGUCUCCAUUGCCUCCAAGGAGAUGAGGGACAGCUUGGAGGUAGAUGGCUACUUGAAGGCAGAGGUGGCCAGUGACACGCUGGUGGCCCUGUCCCAAAACCACUUCAGCCUGGUCAUGUAUGAGCUGCAGCACCACCUCAAGCCCCUCAGCCUGUCCGAAGAGUUUGUCAUCAUCACCCUGGCCAAGCUGGCCAAUGGCAAUGUGUUUGAGUUCAUGCCGUAUAUGGGCAUCACCCUGGUCACCAUAUUCACCAUGCUGAGACUCGCCAACGAAGCCAAGAUGCGCCAGGUGAUCUGUGGUGCCAUGGAGACCUUCUGUGAGGCGGUGCAGUUUUACCUAAGGCACCUGGAGAACAGCGUGUACCCCGUGAUGACAGAGGACCAGUUUGCAGUGAAGGUCUUCCCCAUGUACCGUUAUUUCAUCACGGUGUGGCUCCGCAACAACAACCCUGAGGUGAAACUGGGGGUCAUCAAGUCCCUUCGACCCAUGUUGAAACUGCUGCUGCCCAAUGAUGACCUUCGGGAGCAGGUGUACGACUACAUCCCGCUGCUUCUGGCUGAGUACCAGAGCAGCCUGGAGGCGCUCUUCAUCACCCAGGUGCUGAGACAAAUCCUGGAGGUAUCGGUACUCACCAGCACUCCCAUACCAGCCAUGCAGCUACACAAUAUUUUCUCAGAGCUGCAUGUUCAGGUAUGCUCCAAAGCUCCUGCACACCAGCAAUACAGCAGCCAGAACCUGGCAGAGAUAGUCCACUGUUUCAUUGCCCUGGCUCGCUCUUACCCCAAGGAACUGAUGAAGUUUUUCCUCAGCCAGAGGACCAGCAAAGAGUCCUUCUUGUGGGGACCCCUGACACUCAUGAAAGCAGUGGUGAGCGCGGAGGAUCCCAAAAUGAGUGUGCGCACCAUCUAUCUGGCCAUCCGUGUGGUGAGGAACAGUCUUUCCGACUCCCGCUCCAAGGUGUCAGCUGCUGGUUCGGAUGCCAUCCUGCGCUUCAUCGGCCAGCUCGCUCUGUCCGGCUUCCAAGACAGGAUCAAAGGCUGGGGCCUGAAGUACGUGUCUGUGCAGCUCACACUGUCCACCUACAAGCUGACUAAUCGCCGGGAAAACUUCUACCAGAGGGACUUGGAGGAGAAGAUGGUCCACAAAGUGACUAUGGACACUGUGAGGAUCAUCACAUCAUCUGUCAGUGGGCAUGACCACUCAUAAUGGUCCCUUGCCCAGGAUUUCUGGGUGCGGCUCCUGUGUUACAUCAUGGACACGGACUUAUACAGUGCCCUGGGCCCCCCCAUCUGCGUCAGCCUGACCAACCUGGUUGAGCGACAGCAACUCAGCAGGGAUGCGGUCGACAGUGCUGAGAGCAGAAGCAAGCACGUGGACCUGCCUGCCCCACAGAAGCUGCUGGCCCGUCUCCUGGUGCUGAUGUCAUCCCCAUAUAAAGGGGAGGGCCGUGGAGUGGCCAUGCUGAACCUCCUGAGGACACUGAGCCACAGCAUCGCACCUGCCAUGGCUGACACAUGGGAGGAGGAGAUCCCGGGGCUAGUCAAAUAUCUAGAAGAGCAUACCGAGUUCACCUGGAAUCAGAAUCUGUGGGAGGAAAAGCUGAUCCAGUUUCUGAGAAAUUCCCUCAGGAGGACUCGGGGCUCCAGCUGGAGCUUGCGUCUGAGUAAGGAGCUGAAUAACCAGAUUGAAAGUUUCGACAGCCCAUCUCUGGAGAAGGGCUUCUUGUACCGGGCCUUGGGCUUCACACUGGCCACGGGUCUGGAGGCUGACAAGGUGGAGUUGCUGCUCCUAGAACUGCUGUACAAGACAGACUACAGCAACGACUUUGAUCGCGAGGGUGUGAUUCUGUGCUUUGGCCUGUGUGCCCGGGGCCAAGUGAAGACGGUGCUCAAAGUGCUUCAUGAGUUUGAGGAGCGGAUUCAGGAGUCGGAGCAGAGCUGGCAGAUCAGUGCAUGGCGGAAGGAUAAUCCCUGGCAGCGAGAAACAGUGAAGAGUGCCCUCAUGGUCAUGUAUAGCUGUGUGGCCUCCCACUGCCACCCACAGCUGCUUCUCACCCACGUGGACAGCCCCAUCAUGGCCAAGAUCAUCCACCACUUCUCCAGCAGCUGUCAGGACACCUGCCUGAAAAUGGCCUUUAUGAAGAGCGUCAUGCAGGUCACCAAAGCUCUCAAGAACAUCCAGGGCCUCAGCAACUUCCACUUCUCCCAGAAAUACACCGUGACCAUUCUGAUCAUGGAGAUCAUCAAGGCAGAGCCAAGAGAAAGCCUUUCUUCCCCUGUGAGAGCGAUGGCCAUGGACACCUUGACCCAAUUGAGUCAAUUAAAGCCUUUCUACUCCAUGGAGGAGAGUAGCGACCUGAUGGAAAUCAGCAUCCAGUCUGUGAUCUCGCUCCAACCUCCCACCGAGGGCCAUGAGUCCAUUAAGACCCUCUACACGAAUGCCUUGAGUGCCCUGGAGCAGCUGAUGGAAGGUCUCAUGAAGAGGCAGCUGGGCCCCAGAGGUCUACAGGAGAUGGUGCAUCUCCUAGAAAAGUGGAUCUUAUCGGAGAAGGAUUGGGAACGAGAAAAGGCUAUGAACCUCCACCUCCAGCUUGUGCACAUCUAUGAGCAGAGUGUUGGCGUCUGCAUCCCCCUGAAGCUGGGCCAGUUUGGCUUGCUGGUUGGCCUUGUUGCCCCAUGCACCUGUGACUCCCACAGAAGGACCCGCAUGAUCUCCACUGAUGUCCUGUCUAGCCUGCUGGACCUCCACGCCAGCCAGACCUGCUCCCCAUGGGACGCUUCCAAGGUGCAGGAGCUGGAGAAAUGUAAGGAGACCCUCCAGAGCUCAAACAUGGAAGUGAUUCUCGGGGCCUCCUCCCAAAUCGCCAAGGUGACAUGCCCGGAGUUCAACUGCGAUGAGGUGGUGUCGCUGGUGCAAAAGCUGUGUGAAAACAUCGGGGCCAUGGACCUGCAGCAUGACAGGGCCUCAGUCACCUGGAUCUGUACCUUCCUACAGAUGCGGGCCAAGGAUCUAGAGGACAAGGUGGCUGAGAUCCUGGGUGCCAUCCUAGUGCACCUGCCUGUGGUGGACCAGCUAGAGGUGCGGCGCCUCCUGGUGGAGGGUAUCCUCCUGCUGGCACACUACCACCGGGAGACCGUGCUCACAGCACUGCUCAGACAGCCGCUACCCAUGGAAAGCCACCUGAAGGAGGUGUGGCUGGCGGUGGCAGAGAAUACACCCUUUGCCCACAUCAUGCUCCGAGGGCUGAUGGGACGCCUGCAGGUGCGCUUCUCCCCCAAAGAGACCCCCAAGUCCAAGUCCGACAUCUGGCGCCUGGCCACGGUGGACCCGCUGAUGACCCUCUGUACCAUCCACCUGCUCAUAGAGAAGAUGGACAAGAACGAAAGGCUGCUGGACCUCUUCCCAAACAUGCUCUACACCCUCCUGGUGCAGCUCAGCAGUAUCCAUUGGUACGAGGUCCAAUCGCCUGUUCUGAAGACCUGGAGGAUAGUGCACUCAGAGACCGCUGCCGGAGCGGAUGUCAUUCUGCAGAGGGUCACCAUCAAGUCUAUGCAGCUUUUAAUUAGGAGAGUCAACAAUGAGCAGCUCUUGCAGAGCAUGGAGGACCAGGGUGUGUGGACCCUGCUGGAGAGCAGUGCCACCUUCCUGCAAGGAGUGGGCCUGCUGGCCAGGGGGCACUGGCUGUGCUUGCGCAAUGCAGAGGGUUUCUGCCAGCGGCUGUCGGAGCUGAUGCUCAGAGGCUUGGAUUCCGAGGUGCUGAGCUGUCGCAUCAGCAGCACCGCCUUUUGCGUGGAAUUCAUGAGUGACCCAGUUUUAUGCCAGGAGAAGCUGCUCAGGCCCAUGGUACAAGCUCUGGAGAAGGGCGUGGAGCAGGAAGACAGUGCCCUGAAGGUGCUGUCUCUGCGUGCUCUCGGCAACAUGGCCUUGGGUGCCCCUAAGAAGGUACGGCAGUACAGGAAGCUUCUGCUGGAGAAGUGUCUGGGCGCCCUGAGGGAGCCAGACAAUGCCAGCAUUACCUCGGAGGGCAUGGAUGCCCUGGCCAAGAUCCUGGGCCAGCUCCAUGAGGGGGACCUGGGUGCCUUCUUCAGAACCAUCUCGGAGCACUGCAGGAUCUUCUUCAACAAUGAGAACAAGCUGCUGCGGGAGAAAUCCUUUAUCGUCUUUGGGAAGUUGUCCCAGGUGGUGAGGCUGUCCAAGAAACGCCUCUUCAAAGAGGAGAUGAAGAAGGCCUGGAUUCCCCUCAUGCUGCACUGCCAGGAUUCUUGCUCUGAGGCAGCACAGGCUUGCAGGGCCACCAUGUUCCAGUGUGUGCAUUUCUGGGGAUGGAAGGUGCUGGAACAUUUUCCAGGCUCAAGCUCUACCACUGUGUAUGAUCAGAUUAUGGCCUUCCAGAACACUCUGUGCUCUGUGAUGAUGCAGAAAAAGCCCGAGGUUCUCUACAACUUCCUGCUGGAGACCAUGACCUAUGUGCAAAGCAGCCAGGCCAGGAUCAGAAUUGCUGCAUGCAAUCUGGCAGGAAUCAUUAUGAAGCAGAUGUCCGCGCAUUAUCUGAAACGGCUGGACUUCUCAGCUCUGCGCAAUUCUCUCCAGGAGCUGCAGUUGGACUCAGAUACUGGGGUGCACAGGGCAGCACUGGAGACUCUCAAAAUCCUGGACUCCUGUAGUCAACAUUGCUUUCUGGCUACCCGUGGACGCAGUACUUAG